GUCCUACUCGUUAUGAAGAUGGCAACUCAGGUCUUGGUGCUGGCUGUGGCCACAGUCUUGGCGGCGUCCACAGCAUCAGCUAAGGCACAGAACUACAACACCUUACCAACAAUCACAAAUGGAGCACAGAUCGUGAGGACAGAUCCAAACUUGUCCUUCAAUUACCGCUACGAAGUGAACGCGGCCGAGACAGGCGACAAGAAGACACACGAGGAAACUCUGGAUAAUGGAGUUGUUGUGGGCACCUACUCCGUCCUCCAGCCCGAUAAUACCUUAAGAAUCGUCAAAUACCGCGCUGAUGACGAGUCGGGUUUCAAGGCAGAAGUCCAAUACCAAGACUUACAGAGUGGUUCAUCCUCAUUUUCUGGAUCAAGCCUGGGAUCGUCUACCUCCAAUAUCGGCUCCUCCUCGGUAUCUAAUCGUGGAUCAUCUGGCGCAAGAUUUGAUUCUUCCUCUAGAACUAACAUAGGAUCUACUUCUGGAUCUAACUUGGGAUCUUCCUCUAGACCUAACUUCGGAUCUUUUUCUGGAUCUAACUUCGGAUCUUCCAGUUCUAACUUGGGAUCUUCAUCUGGAUCUAACUUCGGAUCUUCAAGUUCUAACUUCGGAUCUUCCUCUGGAUCUAACUUUGGAUCUUCCUCUGGAUCUAACUUCGGAUCUUCCUCUGGAUCUAACUUCGGAACUUCCACUGGAUCUAACUUGAAAUCUCCCAGUUCUACGUUGCGAUCUUCCUCUGGAUCUAACUUCGGAUCUUCCAUUGGAUCCAACUUCGGAUCUUCUUCUCGAUCUAACUUUGGAUCUUCCACUGGAUCUAACUUGGGAUCUCCCAGUUCUACGUUGCGAUCUCCCUCUGGAUCUAACUUGGGAUCUUCCUCUGGAUCUAACUUCGGAUCUUCAAGUUCUAACUUCGGAUCUUCCUCUGGAUCUAACUUCGGAACUUCCACUGGAUCUAACUUGAGAUCUCCCAGUUCUACGUUGCGAUCUUCCUCUGGAUCUAACUUGGGAUCUUCCUCUGGAUCUAACUUCGGAUCUUCAAGUUCUAACUUCGGAUCUUCCUCUGGAUCUAACUUUGGAACUUCCACUGGAUCUAACUUGAGAUCUCCCAGUUCUACGUUGCGAUCUUCCUCUGGAUCUAACUUGGGAUCUUCCUCUGGAUCUAAUUUCGGAUCUUCAAGUUCUAACUUCGGAUCUUCCUCUGGAUCUAACUUCGGAACUUCCACUGGAUCUAACUUGGGAUCACCCAGUUCUAUCUCGGGAUCUUCCUCCGGUUCUAGCUUCGGAUCUUCUUCUAGAUCUAACUUAGGAUCUUCCUCUAGAUCUAACUUCGGAUCUUCAAGUUCUAACUUCGGAUCUUCCUCUGGAUCUAACUUCGGAACUUCCACUGAAUCUAACUUGGGAUCUCCCAGUACUAAAUUGGGAUCUUCCUCUGGAUCUAACUUCGGAUCUUCAAGUUCUAACUUCGGAUCUUCCUCUGGAUCUAACUUCGGAACUUCCACUGGAUCUAACUUGGGAUCACCCAGUUCUACAUUGGGAUCUUCCUCUGGAUCUAACUUCGGAUCUUCAAGUUCUAACUUCGGAUCUUCCUCUGGAUCUAACUUCGGAACUUCCACUGAAUCUAACUUGGGAUCUCCCAGUACUAAAUUGGGAUCUUCCUCUGGAUCUAACUUCGGAUCUUCCAUUGGAUCCAACUUCGGAUCUUCCAGUCCUAACUUCGGAUCUUCCUCUGGAUCUAACUUCGGAUCUUCCUCUGGAUCUAACUUCGGAACUUCCACUGGAUCUAACUUGGGAUCACCCAGUUCUAUCUCGGGAUCUUCCUCCGGUUCUAACUUCGGAUCUUCCUCUGGAUCUAACUUCGGAUCUUCCUCUGGAUCUAACUUCGGAUCUUCCUCUGGAUCUAACUUAGGAUCUUCCUCUGGAUCUAACUUGGGAUCUUUCUCUGGAUCUAACUUCGGAUCUUCCAGUCCUAGCUUCGGAUCUUCCACUGGAUCUAACUUCGGAUCUUCCUCUGAAUCUAACUUCGGAUCUUCCACUUCUAACUUGGGAUCUUCUUCUGGAUUUAACUUCGGAUCUUCCAGUUCUAACUUGGGAUCUUCCUCUGGAUCUAACUUCGGAUCUUCCUCUGAAUCUAACUUCGGAUCUUCCACUUCUAACUUGGGAUCUUCCUCUGAAUCUAACUUCGGAUCUUCCACUUCUAACUUGGGAUCUUCUUCUGGAUCUAACUUCGGAUCUUCCACUUCUAACUUGGGAUCUUCUUCUGGAUCUAACUUCGGAUCUUCCAGUCCUAGCUUCGGAUCUUCCACUGGAUCUAACUUCGGAUCUUCCUCUGAAUCUAACUUCGGAUCUUCCACUUCUAACUUGGGAUCUUCUUCUGGAUCUAACUUCGGAUCUUCCAGUUCUAACUUAGGAUCUUCCUCUGGAUCUAAUUUCGGAUCUUCCUCUGGAUCUAAAUUCGGAUCUUCCUCUGGAUCUAACUUCGGAUCUUCCACUGGAUCUAACAUUGGAUCUUCUAGUUCUAACUUUGGAUCUUCCUCUGGAUCAAAUUUAGGAUCUUCCGGAUCUAACUUUGGAUCUUCCAAUUCUAACUUCGGUUCUUCUUCUGGAUCUAUCUUCGGAUCUUCCAAUUCUAACUUCGGUUCUUCUUCUGAACCUAACUUCGGAUCUUCCACUGGAUCUAACAUCGGAUCUUCCUCUGGAUCUAACUUCGGAUCUUCUUCUGGAUCUAACAUCGGUUCUUCUUCUGGAUCUAACUUUGAAUCAUCCACUGGAUCUAACUCUGGAUUUUCUAGUUCUAACUUAGGAUCUUCAUUUGGGUCUAACUUUGGAUCUUCCAAUUCUAAUUUCGGUUCUUCUUCUGCAUCUAAAUUCGGAUCUUCCAAUUCUAACAUCGGAUCUUCCAAUUCCAAUUUCGGAUCUUCCAGUUCUAACUUGGGAUCUUUCACUGGAUCUAACUUGGGAUCUUCUUCUGGAUCUAACUUUGUAUCUUCCAGUUCUACCUUAGGACCUUCUUCUGGAUCUAACUUCGGAUCUCCCAGUUCUAUCUUGGGAUCUUCCUCUGAAUCUAACUUCGAAUCUCCCAGUUCUAACCUGGGCUCUCCAUCUGGGUCUAACUUUGGGUCUUCCAAUUCUAAUUUCGGUUCUUCUUCUGGAUCUAUCUUCGGAUCUUCCAAUUCUAACAUCGGAUCUUCCAAUUCCAAUUUCGGAUCUUCCAGUUCUGACUUCGGAUCUUCCAAUUCUGACUUCGGAUCUUCCACUUUAAACCUCGGAUCUUCCUCUGGUUCUAACUUGGGAUUUUCUUCUGGAUUUAACAUGGGAUCUUCCAGUACUAACUUCGGAACGUCAUCUGGUUCUGACUUAGGAUCAUCUCGGGUCAGCUCCUCCUCUGGAUCAUCUACAACUUCCUCAACAAGUUCAGCUUCAGGUGGAGUGGCUGUUGUACUAGCUAAAGAUGGCGCCUUCGCCCAGCGCUCCAGUGUUCCUUCUCAGACUACCAGAUUCUGAAACCGUAAUUGUUGCUAUCAAGUGAAUGUUACUCCGGUUACCGACAACCUUAUCGAGUGCUUUCUCGUUUAACUACACUGACCCUUCUUAAUGAGCUGGACUGGUGAUUCAUGCUCUAUGUUUAAUCUGCCUUUUCAAGUGUUUCAGAAAUUUAACCAUAACACACAGUGUAUUAAUAACUAAGAAUAUUUUCAGGGGAUUUAAUUGAUUCAGAUCUCAGCACGACUAACUUAGAAGGUUUGAGGUUUUAAUCGGACUGUAGUGAAGUUUUUGCCAGUAGCUUAAUAAGUUCCCCCAGCAUGAGCAUUUUUAACCAUUAAGAAAAUUACUUACACCUGUGUCUUAUAUAAACUGAGAAUGUUUGUCCGCAUUAUGAUUAUCUUUUAACGUUAGUAACACUUAUUCAUGUUGUUAGUUAUUAAGCGAAACUCGAUAUAUAAUUUUAAGCAACAGUGUGUGUGUGAUGUAUGGAGCACAGCUAUAGUGUUGGAAAUGUUUUAUCAAAUAAAUGACGAUCUACAGUU